AUGUGCUUGUUCGUGGGCUGCUUGCAGCAACAGUUAGUUGUUGGUAUGUGUGGGGAGUCCAGAAACUUGAACGUGAAGUCGGUUCAGUUCUUAUCAAACAGUCAUCCUCUGACAGACAGGCAGACGUGUAAGGAGGGCAGUGCUGCCAAGUGGGAAAAACUUGGCUGGAUCUCAAAAGUGCACGUGAAUCGACCUGCAGUUGUGAGGCAUGCAGAACGAAUUAAAAGAUGGAGAACUGUGAAAGGUAAUUGGCAAGCUGCUUGGCUGCUGAAAGCUGUCACCUGCGUAGACCUUACCACUCUUUCAGGUGAUGAUACUCCUUCAAAUGUUCACAGACUGUGUUUUAAAGCAAAGCAUCCCAUCAGAGAGGAUCUGCUGAAAGCCUUGGAUAUGCAUGAUAAAGGUAUUACUGUUGGAGCAGUUUGUGUAUAUCCCGCAAGAGUCACUGAUGCUGUUAAUGCCCUAAAGGCUGCUGGUUGUAACAUACCAGUAGCUUCAGUGGCUGCUGGGUUUCCAUCUGGACAAACUCCUCUAGAAACCAAACUGGCCGAAAUAAAGCUAGCUGUGGAAUAUGGUGCCAGAGAGAUUGAUAUUGUCAUUAGCAGGAGCCUGGUGCUGACUGGCCAGUGGGAAGGUCUCUACGAGGAGAUCCGUCAGUGCCGUGAGGCCUGUGGAGAAGCUCAUAUGAAAACAAUCUUGGCCACAGGUGAACUGGGAUCCCUUGCUAAUGUCUACAAAGCCAGUAUGAUAGCUAUGAUGGCAGGUUCUGAUUUUAUAAAGACAUCUACAGGAAAGGAGGUGGAAAAUGCGACCUUUCCAGUUGGAGUAGUCAUGAUGCGAGCCAUUAGAGAAUUCUACUGGCAAACUGGCAACAAGGUUGGAUUUAAACCUGCUGGGGGCAUUCGGACGGCGAAAGAAGCUAUUACUUGGCUUAUGCUGGUGAAGGAGGAGCUGGGAGUGGAAUGGCUAACACCAGAGCUCUUUCGCCUGGGUGCCAGUAGUUUGCUGGAAGACAUUGAGAAACAGAUUUUCUAUCAUGUGACUGGCUCUUAUGCACUUCAGCAUGACCUGGCAAUGGCUUAG